AUGGAUGCUUAUCAGGUACUGUGUAAGAAAAAUUCGUCACUUUCUCCUGAUUGCUGUGAUGACAUCAAACCAGAAGUUAAAUCAUAUGAAAGGUCGUAUGCAUCAUUAUGCUUAAACAGAACUGACGUUGAGUUCCGUCAAUUCAAUGCAAAUUUUACACAUCUUGGAGCCACUGGUCGCCACGGUCCAACAUCAAUUGGUCAAUUUUACAAUGGUCAGGAUCACGUAAAUAUGGUAACCGUAUCAAAAGGUAUCCAGUAUUGGACAGUGCCUUACACUGGAACUUAUGAAAUUACUGCUGUCGGCGCACAAGGAGGUUACGACAAAUAUGGCUCUACAUGCAGAGGUCGUGGAGCUUAUAUGAAAGACUUUGAAAUAAACAAAGGAGAAAUUAUUAAAAUUCUGGUUGGGCAAAAGGCACCCGUCAAUACCCGUGCCUAUACAUCAGGAGGUGGCGGUGGUUCUUUUGUUGCUAGGAUCAAUAAUGUACCCCUACUGGUUGCUGGAGGUGGUGGUGGUAUAGAAUCUCUGAGCAAACGUUUAGAUAACUGUGAUGCGAGCACUAAAACAUCUGGAAAAAAUAACAAAUGUGUCACACCUUGUGGAAACUGGGCUGGAGGAGUAAAUGGGCAAGGAGCAAAGCAGGCUGAUUCAGGAAAUUCAGGUGGUGGUGGAGGUGGAUUUUACAGCAAUGGAAGAAGUAGUAAACAGUUUGGUGGAAAGUAUGGAAAUGGAGGAGAAGGAGGUUUUGCUUUUAUAAAUGGAGGAGCAGGAGGACGUGCCAAGCUUAACAAUGCCGUUGGUGGAUUUGGAGGUGGUGGUGGGGCAUAUGGUUCUGGUGGAGGACCAGGUGGUGGAGGUGGUUACUCAGGUGGAGCAUCCGGAGAAAAUGUGUACGGAUCUUGUGGUGGUGGAGGUGGAUCUUAUAAUGCAGGAAAAAAUCAAGUGAACAAGUCAGCCUUUAAUGACAAAGGAGACGGAUAUGUCAUUAUCACUCGAAAGAGGCAAAGAGAUACAAGCAACUUCUGAAAAGAAAAUCUGAGGACACAUGGGUGUGACGAGAAGAGAACCUAAAAUCAAGAAACGACAUGACAUAAACUCAAGCAAAAACCUGCGCAGUAUAAUAAUCAUGGAAGUCUGUCAUCAUUAGCGCUAAAUCAAGUCAUUUAAACAUCUUUGAUGAUCAUACUCCUGAGUUGACCAAUGACCCUGAUGAAGACCACAAGAUGAAAUUGAUUACGUACACUGCCGACAAAUACUUCACCCUUAGGCUUUUCAAGUACAGCAAACGUUUUAAUGAAACCGUUAUAUUCAAAAUGGACAACGAAGUUACAGAUUCC